AUGGAACCUUUACGCCUCAAGCCACGCCAGCCCGUGGCCGAACCAGACAUCGAGGACUGGGACGAUGACGACUUCCAGAUCGACACCGAUGACCUGACAUUUCGCACCGCCUCCACCACAGCAAACCUUGCUUCCUCACGACGCGACUCUGCGUCUUCACAUGUUUCCCUCCGCUCCGAUCUUGAAUCCAACUUGGAUGAAGAGACGCAUGUGCACGUUCCGGGCGACGACGAGAAGUCAACACUGGACGCUAUCGCCGCUGCCACCCAAGCCGGCAUUCCGAUACCCAAGAAUGUACCCUCUUCCGCUCUCAUGGGUGGCACUAUUAAACGACUAGGUGGAAGGAAGAUCAAGAAGAUCAUGCAGGACGACUGGGAGGACGAUCUGGUACUGCCAGAUUCAACCCAGCCCCUUCGCAUCAAGCCCCAAGACGGCUCCAAGUUCCCUGAUAUGCUUAGGCAGGUCAGUGGUGGUUCUACCCAGACGAGCCCUACCAAAUCUAUGAAGACCCCUCCGGCCGUGUCGCUGCUGGAUCGGAGAGAGUCGACUGAAUCAACCACAAGCACAUUGUCGGGAGCCAUCAACUUGGAGAGGUUCCGCGAUAACGACGAUGAUGACGACUUCUUCGGCGACGGUUCCGAAACCAUCAAAGUGUCCAAGACUCGCCCACCAAAGCCCAUUUCACUCAUUACCCCCCCGACACCUCAAAAGAAUGACAAUGCGUUGGAUGAUGACUUUGAGACUGAUUUUGAACUCCCGUCGGACGGGAAACUGAGGCUCUCAACCCGGAAAGACAUUCCAAAGACGCCUUUGGUACAUGCAGAGGACUUGGACUGGGGCGAGGGCAGCCUCGGAACUCGAUUCGGUGGCACUCGCAGAGACGCCCAUUCCACUAGAAGCUCUUCUGUCUCUGCCAUGAGCCCCAGUGUGUCGAGCUCGUUUACCGCCGAAAGCGAGGAUGAGACGUUCGAUGGCCUCGUGCUCCCAAGCGGCCCGGUCAACUUCGAGGAGAGGCUGAGUCGGAGGAAGCUCAGUCGCUCUCCUGUACGUUCUGUGGAGGAAGAGCCACCAAACCUGAAGACUCCUCAGCCACGGAAGGAACCUGAGCCUGAGGAUAUGUUCGACGGCCUUGAUGUCGGCGACGGUGAUGUCUUCAAUUCCGGCAAGCUCACCCUUCACCGCAACAUCCGUGUCAAUUCAAACCGGCCGUUGAGCCCGCAGCGGCCCAAGACGGCCAUUUCCUUGACCUUCUCCACCAAAACCACAACGUCACGACUGCCGCGGCCUAGUCAUGAGCGUCACGAGCGAGCCCUCUCUGCGUUGGAGCCUGUGUCUGAGAGUGGUGGCCCCAUUUUCGCUCGCUCGCGAAGGUCUCAGUCUCGCAUGGGCCACGCAUCGCAGUCCUCGGUUACGAGCAUUCACAGCAUGCCUACGCCCACGACACCGUCUCCUGGGUCUUUGCUUCCCUCAACGCCACGAAGAAGGGAGCUUGGCCCCAGAACUUCUACCACCUCGCUGCGGAAUGAGCCCACAACUACGAGCUCGCAGUUGCUGAGGUUUAAGCGAUCUCUGCCUGCUAUGAAGGCAUCUCAUUCCCCUGCCAAACCCAUCUCCUCCCGCUUCGACCGGCCGCCGUCCAGAACAGAUCCGAAUCGUCCGGCGUCGGCGAUGCGACCGAAAACACCAACCGAGAGGUCUCGACCCGCUGUGGAAAGCCAUGCUGCCCAGCAACGACGGCCCUUCCUCCCUGCUGGGGCCUCACAAUCCCAGUCGCAGCACGUGACCGCAAAAACUUCUCGCACCUUCCGACACCAUGAUUCAGAAAACUCACUCGACAUGCGGCCGACGUCCAGGGCUUUUUCGAGGUCGACUAUGCGUUCGCCAAGCCCGAAAAGACUCAAUCGCCAUUCGGAUCACAUUACUCACGAUGGCUUAUCUUUCCGCACGCUCACCAAACCACACCGAACCCGAAAUUUCGGUGAUGGGCACGAGCUGGAUGGAUUCGACGAUUUGCCCACGUCGGCGCAAUCAGAGGCAAAAUUCGUCCGGCAACCCUUGAAGGCACCGUUGCGCAAUAAGCUGUACCAAAAUGUGCUUCCCGAUCGGACCACCACACCCUCCCCGGCACCUCACUCCCCUGCGAAGACUGAUUACACGCCCCAUUUUGCUCGUGAUACCCAGGCUAGCCGAAUUGCCCGGGAGACCUCGCUUGCUCAACGGACUCCAUCAGGCCCACUGCCGCCUUUCACCUCGUCGCGUGUCUCCCAGCUGUCGUCUAGGAACAAUUUCAACCCCGGACUGCCACAGGCUUCCGUAAGGUCGAAAAAGAAGAGGAACCCUCCCCAAUUGAAGCCUCAUCUUAUAUCGAACAUGAACAAGGACAAGACUCCGCAACAUCUUCAGGGCAUGUUUUACAACCCCGACACGUACCGUUGGGAGGGCAAUGAAAACGUCCUGAACGCGUUCGACAUACCCGCAUCGUCCCCAUCGACAGCCUCUAUACCGCCUCACAUUGUGCGCGACAAAGAAGUUUCCACACCUCGGCCGGCUCUGAUUACCAACAUAAGCCACACAAAAGGUGUUCAGGUCGUUGGAGGCAUGGUCUUUGACCCACAGAAUAUGUGCUGGCUCAAGCUGGGCCCGCAAACGAAUCCCAAGUCCGAGAUCUCCGAUCCGAUGGACGGCUUCAACGCCUUGGACGACGACGAGGAUGUCUUUAAAGACAUUCCGGAUCUCGACGACAACUCAGGCGACUCCAAGGAACCGGGUCGCGUCAGCGAAGUCAAAGACGAAUGGCUCGUCGGCGAAGAAUUCGACGUCGGCCCGGAAUUCGUACGACGGCAGCGCGAAGAAGAAGAUAGGUGGAGAAAGAAGUGCGAAAAAUGGCUCGGCGUCGGCGAUCAAGACCGCGAUGCCUCGCGCUGGGCCAUUCGCGACAUUCUGCUCCACCAAAGGGCUGCCCAGUAG